AUGGUAAAAAGAAAUCCGGUGGAACGUCUUUUUUUUCAUUAUAAUGCUGCUGCAAAUAAUAGCCAAUGCCUAGUUGAAGGUUGCUCUUCCAACUUGACCGGGAGACAUGCAGCCAAUUUAGAGAGGCAUAUCCAAAAACUUCAUCCAAAGGAGUUUGAAUUGUUAACGAAAGAAAAGCUACUGCCAUGUCAAUCAAAUUCAAAAGUGUCAAAAACAACAAGACAAAGUACACUAGAUGGCAUUAUUGAAGUCAAGAAAAAAAUGCACAGUGUCGAAAUUGACAAACAAACGGUUAUUGAUGGAUGUAUUAUGCUAGUAACAGAUAACGGUCGACCACUGUCGAUUCUAUCUGAUAGUGGACUUAGAAAAAUAAUCGACCCUAUUUUAAAAGCAAUUGGAUCAAAUUUCACAAUAAAUGUAAAAAAUAUUCAACAAGAAAUAACAAAAAAAUACAUUAAUGUUGUUGAUAGUAUAACAAAAGAGUUAAAUAAAAAACUAGUAUUUUUAAAGAUUGAUUGUGUGACAAGGUUAAGCAGAAGUAUAAUCGGAAUAAACUGUCAGUUUAUUUAUAAUGGAAAAAUCAAAAUUCUGACCUUAGGAAUGUCAGAACUAUUAGAUAAACAUACUGGAUCUUAUUUGAAGCAGGAAGUACUGCUUGUAAUGGAAAGGUAUAAAAUAAGUCCUGCACAAAUAUAUUCUAUAACUUGUGAUAAUGCAAGAAAUAUGAUAAAAAUGGUUGAUUUAUUCAAUGAAACUCCAGAAGAAGAACUAGUGGAUAAUGAUGAAGAAAAUAUUCUCAAUGCGGAAGACAAUGACGAUGUUUUAUUACAAAUUCAGGAACUAAUACAUACAUCAGGUAUUGAGACGGGACCAUUAACCACAUGUAUGAGAUGUGCAGUUCACUCAUUUCAGCUUGCUAUUCGAGAUUCUAUGCAAGACCGUUCUAUUCAAAGCAUUCUGUCUAAAUCUCGUAAAGCAGUAAAAACGUUAAGAACACAAACAUAUGCAGCCUGGUUGAAAAGAGAAGGACUAAAGCAGGCAAUUUUGGACAUCGAAACUAGGUGGAAUAGUACAUUUAAUAUGUUAUCAAGACUUAUUGAACUUAAACCAUUCUGUAUAACAAAUGAACAAAUUAUCUUAUCUUCCAAUGAUUGGAAUUCAGUUGAAAAGAUAAUUACAGCUUUAGAGCCAGCUAAAAUAGCCACAGUCCAAAUGCAAUCCAACUCAUUAACUCCUGGUGAUGUAUAUGGUAUUUGGUUGAAGACUCAAAUGUGCUUAUCGAAAAUAGAUAUUCAACUAUCAAAAACAUUGAUAAAAAAUAUGGCUGAAAGACAAAAAAAUAUUUUUACAAAUCCUGUAUUUGAAUCAGCAAUUUAUCUGGAUCCACGUUACCAACAUUUAAUGUCUGUCGCCUCGAAAACUAGAGCUGUGAUUCAUUUAGUUAAUACUUAUAAUUUAAUUAAAAAUAUCAAAAACAAUAAUGAUACAGAUAAAGAGCAAGAUAUUGAUGAUCCUACAGCAGAAAAUGAAAAUAUAGAAACAGGAUUUGAGGAAAAUGUUUCUAAUGAUUUCCAGCUAUAUUUGCAAUCACUAUCACAAUGUGUGCAUUUAUCGUCUCAAUCUUCUUCAUCUUCUACAGGAAGCACAGGGACUGUUGCCAUUUCAAUCAUGUCACUCCUUAAUUUAUUCGACAACCAACCUAUAUUACAACACGACGAAAAUAUUUUGUCUUACUGGGAGAAUAAAAAAAUUGAAUGCCCUGAACUAUAUGAACUUUCACAAGUAGUAAUGGCUGUUCCUACAACUCAGGUAUCAGUAGAACGUUCGUUUUCGUCUCUCAAGUUUGUGCUUGGAGAUUUAAGAUCCAAUUUGGGCUCAGAGCUAUUGGAGAAAAUAAUGUUGAUACGAGCAAAUAAAGAAUGA